UUCGUAUUUUCAGAAAUCUACAGAAGCUCUGCGAAAAUCUGCCUACUAAACAGGAUAUUCAAAAUCUAAAUAGAAAGUUGGACAGAUUGCUUCGUAAACGGACAAAUAUGCCUGAAAGACCUGAUUUGUUACCAUUGAAAUCCGUAGAGGAAAUGGAGGCAUUUGAAAAUAUCACAGACGAAUCAUAUGAAGCUGUCGUCGAAUAUUUGCAAUUUCUGGGAGGAAGAAACAUCCACGAGUGUGUCAUUUUUUGUUUGAAGGAAGCCGUUUUCGACACGGUGAUUUGCGACUAUUCUGUAUGGGGUGAACGCGGAAAUCGUUCACUUUUUAAUACUCGGCUAAUUAAAGCAAUAUAUGAUGCUGUAUCAUCCAAUUUCCAACCACCUCCUCACAGAGACGAAUUUUUUAAACAGGUUUCAGAAGGGGUUCGUUUCGGAAAACAACGAAUUCGGAAUAUCACUGUUGGGAAGAAACAACAAGUGACUGAAACUGAGGCACGUCAAAAAAAGCAUGAUGAAGCACAACGAAAUUUGUUGAAUCAUCAGAGAGAAAACUUACGUAACUCAUCGUUGCCGCAUGCCACUGAAGAGGAGGACCAUCAAGAUUAAAUAAAUGUGUUAUACAGCUUUAAUA